GGGGUAAAAACUCAAAGCAGAUUAGGAGGAAAGCAAGAGGAGAGGCUAGAGAUCUGAAAUACAUCGUUCUCCUAGCUUCAAUUAGAUUUCCCAGAUUAUCUACAUCCAAUUUCCCCAGGAAGAUAUUUGUCCUGCUGCACGGCAGUUACUGCCUUUUAUAAAUCAUUAGAAGAUUUUGUUACAAAAAAUUAAGAUGACGACCAGUCCGUACCUGGACUCUGGUUCUUGUUUUAUUGGUGAAGAUGUGGAGAGGAACCUCCCUCCAGCCGAUGGAUCAGAUGUUCAGCCGCAGUACGUUCAUCAUAUGGCCCCCAAGCCUCCGCCUGAGAUCAGUUCCAAACACGAAGGUGUGAAACAGAGGUGUGUGAAGUUCACUGUGGCCGCUGUAAUCUGCCUGCUGCUGCUCACACUGAUCACUGGGAUCCUCCUGGUUUAUUACUUCUCGUCGCCCUGCGCCCACGGGAGGCGCUGUGGAGACGGCAGCUGUGUGUGGGAGUCUCAGUGGUGUGACGGAGAGAAGGACUGUCCGGCAGGCCAGGACGAAGCAAGCUGUGUGCGGCUGCAUGGCUCCAGCUUCCUGCUGCAGGUCUACUGGACUCAGGGUAGAACCUGGAGGAGUGUUUGUUCUCAGGACUGGAGCGAGCAGCAGGGCAGAGCCAGCUGCCAGCAGGUCGGAUACAGCAGGGACACAUAUUUUGAAUCAGGCCAACAGCCGACUGACGCUGAUGAUGGAUUCCUGAUAUUAAAGUCUGACUUCAACACUACAGCACCCAUAAUGCAUCAGCUCGUGCUCAGCAAAACCUGUCACAACAACAGCGUGGUGACGUUGCAUUGCACUGACUGUGGGAGGGGGCUAAACUCCAGCAGGGCCUCGGGGGAGCAGCAGGCCCCUCCCUGGCAGGUCAGCCUGAGGGUGGGGGUGUCCCACCGCUGUGGAGGAGCCAUCAUCUCCCCCUACUGGAUCCUCACUGCAGCACACUGUGUCACAUGGACCUCGGGUGCUGCAGAGUGGUUGGUGUAUGUUGGAGUCGUGCAUCUUUCAGACACUCUGUUCAACCCGGCUUACUCUGUGAGCCGCAUCAUAACCCACGAAGGCUUCAACAGCAUCACCCGCGGCAACGACAUCGCUCUGAUGAGGCUCUCCAAACCCCUGCACAUCACAGCCUCCAGUGAUAUCGGAGCUGUGUGCCUUCCAAACGUUGGUGUUUACGCCUCUGCUCCUGAGAAAGGCUGGAUAACAGAAUUUAGUCGCUUCGUAAACACAGCCGCGCCUCACCUGAUGGAGGCUCAGGUUUUACUUGUUGACGCUGCAAACUGUAACCGCUCCACCUCUCACAGCGGGAAGAUAACCCCGGACAUAUUCUGUGCCUCAGCAACGGAUGCAGGAAUGUGCCACACUGACAGCGGUGGCCCUCUGGUGUCCCUGAAGGACGGAGUAUGGUGGCUCAUAGGGGACAAUAUUUGGGGGGAACACUGCAAAGAGCCGAACAGACCAGGAGUUUAUGGCAACGUCACGUACUUCCUGGACUGGAUUUAUCAUCAGAUGAAGAAGCAUCAAGAUGGCUGAUCACGGAACCAACGAUGAACCAUUUGAGAUGAAUUUUUGUGCAGAGAAACUUUUUUUAAUCAAUGUCUUAAUAUGUGUAUCAGAAAUAUAACUUAUUGCUGUUCUUUCAUAAUAUUAAUGCAGAAUGUUUUUGCUCUAUACAUGUAAGAAGCUCAAAUUAACAAUGUGUUAUCAUUUCUUUCUUCUAUUUUGUCUUUAAUUAACAGUUAUUAUGUUUGUUCGAUUUUUAUAUAUUUUUGUGAAUUUUGAAUAUUUGUUUUUUGUGUAAAUAUGUUUUCCUUUACUUAAAGGUCCCAUGUCAUGCUUUUCUGGUUAUUACCCGUCCCCUUGUGUGUUAUGUAGCUUUUUAUGCAUGUAAACGGUCUGCAAAGUCACAAACCCUCAAAGUACACCCUGUAGCGAGUACAACUCUAACACAGAAAGGUGCUAGUGGAGCCUCUCAGCGGCGAAACUGUGGCACGCGUACACUAUAGGUGCGCCGCGUUUGGGGGUGCGGGUGCUAGUGGAGCCUCGCAGAUGGGGGUGCUGCAGCCCCCUCAGCAUCCCCUCCUUCCCGCGUCCAUUCGCGAUGUCUCGCUGUCUCGCAGACCCCACGCAGCAAGCAGGAAAUGAACCCAGCUCACACUGUCCGUAGAAAUGUAGUAGUAGAAAUGGCCAUGACAUGGGACCUUUAAUAUGUAUGUUAGCCAUUAAAUGUAAAAACCACAAGAUUUCUCUCACAAGUCACAUCAAACUUGUCCCCACUGUCUCCUAAAGGAUGCUUUUGUUCUUGAUUUUUCUCACAAAGACAUCUUUAUUCAUUUAUUACAUUACAUUUUUGAUUUGGUCACAAGUUUUUGCGGCACAAGCAGGAUUUUGGCACCAAAGAUAUCACUUAUAAAUAAGCCAACAUUCAAAGACAACUUUGAAUUUUGAAAGACAUUGAGAUCUACUGUAGCAUGCGUCAUAUUUACUCAUUAAAGUAUACGUAUGACCUGUCA